UUUAUUUCCUUCCUUCCUUCCUUCCCUCCCUCUCUCCUCCCUCCUUCCUUCCUCUUUUCUCUUUCCCUCUUUCCUCCCCUUUUCCUUCUUUCCCUCCUUGCUUCCUUCCUUCUUCCUUCAUUCCUUCCUUUCUUCCUUUCCCUUCCCUCCCUUCUUCUUCCCUUCCUUCCUCCCUUCCUUCUAUCCAGGAGCAGGGAGGUACCUGGCAGCCAAUUAAGAAGGAAACGAUUUGCUUUUUGUCGGGUGCAUGGCGAGUUAGAUAAAGAAAAAUUAGCAGACCUAGGGGCAGUAGAUGAGAAAUCGGUGUGGAGCAGGAGGGGGCAGUCUGGGUCUGCCAGAGUUGGCGGUGAACUUGGAGACCCUCUGGUUCCUGGCCUUCGGAGGAGCCGUGGGGUGAGGCAGGGUUGCUGGUGCAGAAGCUACCUAGGCCCUGCAGACGCAGCAGCAGGGCUUUAUUUAAGCAGUGCGUUGUCACUGCUUGCAGAAGUUGGGGAGACACCAGCAACUCUGGGGCUGUCUGGCCUGUGCAGCCCCUAAGUGAUGCUGGCCUGGGGUGGCACAGUGAUUGGAGCCACCCUGAGGUGGUUUUCCAGUGCUGACUUGGGGUGGUGGCUAUUGCUCAAUAUGAGACAGGUCGGAGUCCGCAGAGGAAGGCGCUGUCCACUGAGAAGCUGUCACAGGUGAAGCACUGCCGCCUCUGCCCGAGUUUACCCAAGGAUGCUCUGCCCUGCCUUGAUUUCUGCGGAGAGCGCCGAGCUGGCGUGGCCUCGGUGGGCACUUCGUCCUGCUUCUUCUCUACCUCUCAAGGUCUCUGCCUCCACCUGCAGCUUGGCUUUGAUGUGGGGUCCAGGGCACCUGUGCUGCAUGUGAGGGGAGCACCUGGGGACUCUGCUCCUACACUGAGCAGCAAUGGCUCGGCACCCUCCGUGCCCCAUCUUAACGUGGUGGGUCAGACCUUCUCUGGAAGGCAAGUGCUAAGACUAAUGGCUGAUUUGCAUUUUAUUUAAAUUUCACGGACUGGGCUUUGGACAGAUUCCAUGGCAGAAAAAUAUAUUUCAUUUCCUGGACACCACGGCUGGCAGUCAGAUACUUGCUGCCUUGGCACCAUGCAGCCGGAUCACUGACCGCACCCAGGAGAGGCCUUUCCACAUUGGAACAUCCGCCCUGGCCGAGGGGUGUGGGAGACCCCGACUCUCCCCGUGAGGCCCACAAGCGUGAGGCUGUGUGUCUGGACCAGCGAAGGUCUGGAGAGCAGCACUGAAUCCUUGAGCCGAAAGAGCAUGGGGUGUGCUGAUUUAAAAACAGAAAAUGCAAAGUUGGACUGAAAAUAUCUUUAGUCUUCCAAGCAAUCUGCUUAAGGGUUCCAAACUUACCUUCCUUUGGUGAGCAGAGAAGCUGCCCUAUUUUUUUCCCAUCUUUAUUUCUUAUUUUCUCUUUCUCUUUCUCUUUCACUUUCUCUGUCUCUCUGUCUCUGUCUCUCUCUUUUCUCUUUCUCCUCCUUCUCCUUCUCUUCUCUUCUCUUCUCUUCUCUUCUCUUCUCUUCUCUUCUCUUCUCUUCUCUUCUCUUGUCUUCUUUCUUUCCAUCUGUUUUUCUGUCCUCUGUCUUUCGUUCUUUGCUUCUUUCACAACUGGAACCAGCCAUUUCCCAAAGCUGCCGCCAUGGAGGUCGCUAUGGUGAGUGCAGAGAGCUCAGGAUGCAACAGCCACAUGCCUUACGGGUACGCAGCCCAGGCCCGGGCCCGGGAGCGCGAGAGGCUGGCGCACUCCAGGGCCGCUGCAGCUGCUGCUGUGGCAGCCGCCACUGCAGCUGCUGCAGAGGGCAGCGGAGGAGGCUCUGGGGGGUCCCACCAUCACCACCAGCCCCGCGGGGCCUGCACAGCCCACGACCCUCAAGGCAGCCGCGGGAGUCGGAGAACGCGGCGCCAGCGGCCAGAGAAGAAGAAGGUCCACCACCGGCAGGGCAGCUUCCCGCACUGCUCCGACCUGAUGCCCAGUGGCUCUGAGGAGAAGAUCCUGAGGGAGCUGAGUGAGGAGGAGGACGAGGAUGAGGACGAGGAUGAGGAGGAGGAGGAGGGGAGGUUCUACUACAGCGAGGAGGACCGCGGCGAUGAGUGCUCCUACACGGACCUCCUGCCCCAGGACGAUGGCGGUGGAGGCGGUGGCUACAGCUCUGUCCGCUACAGCGACUGCUGUGAGCGUGUGGUCAUCAACGUGUCCGGCCUGCGCUUCGAGACGCAGAUGAAAACCCUGGCCCAGUUUCCAGAGACUCUGCUGGGGGACCCCGAGAAGAGGACUCAGUACUUUGACCCUUUGCGCAAUGAGUACUUUUUCGACCGGAACAGGCCCAGCUUCGAUGCCAUCUUGUACUAUUACCAGUCCGGAGGACGUCUGAAGAGGCCGGUCAACGUGCCCUUCGACAUCUUCACGGAGGAGGUAAAAUUCUACCAGCUGGGCGAGGAGGCCCUGCUCAAGUUCCGCGAGGACGAGGGGUUCGUGAGGGAGGAGGAGGACAGGGCCUUGCCAGAGAAUGAGUUCAAGAAGCAGAUCUGGCUUCUCUUUGAGUACCCAGAGAGCUCCAGUCCUGCCAGGGGCAUCGCCAUUGUGUCCGUGCUGGUUAUCUUGAUCUCCAUCGUCAUCUUUUGCCUGGAGACCUUGCCCGAGUUCAGGGACGACAGGGACCUGGUCAUGGCACUGAGCUCCGGUGGGCACAGCGGGUCGUUGAACAACACCUCGGCGCCCCGUCUGGAGAACUCGGGCCACACGAUCUUCAACGACCCCUUCUUCAUCGUGGAGACGGUGUGCAUCGUGUGGUUUUCCUUCGAGUUCGUGGUCCGCUGCUUCGCCUGUCCCAGCCAAGCCCUCUUCUUCAAGAACAUCAUGAACAUCAUUGACAUCGUCUCCAUCCUUCCUUACUUCAUCACCCUGGGCACGGAUCUGGCCCAGCAGCAGGAGGGCAGCAACGGGCAGCAGCAGCAGGCCAUGUCCUUCGCCAUCCUUAGGAUCAUCCGCCUGGUCCGAGUGUUUCGGAUCUUCAAGCUCUCCAGACACUCCAAGGGCCUGCAGAUUCUGGGCCACACGCUCCGAGCCAGCAUGCGUGAGCUGGGCCUUCUCAUCUUCUUCCUCUUCAUAGGUGUCAUUCUCUUCUCCAGUGCCGUGUAUUUUGCAGAGGCAGAUGAGCCCACUACCCAUUUCCAAAGCAUCCCCGAUGCGUUCUGGUGGGCUGUUGUCACCAUGACAACCGUGGGCUACGGGGACAUGAAGCCCAUCACAGUGGGGGGCAAGAUUGUGGGGUCCCUGUGUGCCAUCGCAGGUGUCCUCACCAUCGCUUUGCCGGUACCCGUCAUUGUCUCUAACUUCAACUAUUUCUACCACAGAGAGACUGAGAACGAGGAACAGACGCAGCUGACACAGAAUGCCGUCAGCUGCCCCUACCUCCCUUCCAAUUUGCUCAAGAAAUUUCGAAGUUCCACGUCUUCCUCCCUGGGGGACAAGUCUGAGUAUCUGGAGAUGGAGGAAGGGGUGAAGGAGUCCCUGUGUGCGAAGGAGGAGAAGGGUCAGGGGAGGGGGGAUGACAGUGAGACAGACAAGAACAACUGUUCCAACGCGAAGGCUGUGGAGACGGAUGUGUGAAUGGCUUUCUCCACCAGCCAGGCCCCCCAGCAUCUCCAAAUAGAUUUAUGCAUAGACAGCGCAGUUCUGAAAGUAAAAUAUGCAAAUGAGCCCAGUGCAUACGGUAGUAGGCCAUGUAAUGGUAAUACAUGGUAUAAUUGUUACUAAACUUGUAUCACACGUCAAAUAAAUGAAACAUCUCGGAGAAGAGGGAGGCUUAAAUAGGAGCAAAUCUAUCUUUAUAUUUUUUAUUAGAAUGCAAGAAUUUUGCACAUGAGCUGGAAGGGAUGUUCAUAGUAAGGCUGGUUCCAUGGAGAGAGAGAGAGAGAGAGAGAGAGAGAGAGAGAGAGAGAGAGAGAGAGAGAGAGAGAGUGUAUGUGUGUGUGUGUGUAGGUAAAUUGUCAGCAUUGUUGGAAAUUGUGCAGUGACAGGAAAAGUUGGCAUUUUGAAGUAUUUACUAUGUAAGAACUAAUGAAUCUGAGCAGUCAUUUAUCAAUGCUUUAAUAGCAUCUCUAAUGUCUUGGAUUCUGUAGUUGUUUUUUAAAAAACUGUAAGAGUUACUGUGUACAAAAAAAGAGGAAGUAAAUUAUUUAACAGAAUAUAGGUCACAAUUUUAUCUUGGAUUUAAUUAAAGUUUAUUUUUGACUGGAAAUUAACUUUUAAAAAGGCUGCAGGGGCCUUUAGAAAUUGAUUAUAUUUUAUUAUUAAUUUUGGAAAGAAGUGACAACAAAUGCCUAACAUUAUGGAAAAGAUGGAACUGGAGAAAAUGUAACAAGUUUUGUUCCCAGGUGAUGGAACUGGAAUUUGUUUUCCUUUGCACUACUUUAUAUGCUGAAGACUGAGAGACUCCAUACUGUGAAUGUUUGCUAAUGUUACAGUUCAAUGACAAUCAUUGGAAGAAUAAUUUCUUAGUCUUAUUUCCUUUGCUUUCUCCUUUUUUUUGGGUGAGGCCGAGGGCCACACAGUUCUCUCGUAUUCUGAAAUCUGAUACACACAGGGAUGUGAAGUAAAAUUUAGCAACUCAACCUUUUGAAAUUGGUCUGUUACAUUGAUGCUUUGGAAACCAUACCACUUUAAAUCUGCUUCUGCCUCUGAAGUCCAGAAUAACUUAGCCAAAGUUAAUGCAUGCACUGAAAGAAUUCUUGAAGAAAUCCAACACCCAGCAGCUACAGUGAUUAUGGAUUAAGAUCUUUUUCUAUUAAAUGUUCAGUAUAAGUGCCA